AAAAAAAACUAAGAAAGAAAGGAGGCCUUUACGGUGUCUGAUUUCAUUCUUUGCUUGAAUUACACUACUGUGUAGUCUACAGAGCAGUAAGAUUUUAUACUGAAAGUAAAUACUCCUCAUUUGUAAACUACUUGUCUCAGACUUCAGGAUGACAUCAGGAUCCUUAUUUCGAAGUGAGGAGAUGUGUUUAGCUCAAAUCUUCCUCCAAGUAGAGACAGCUUACAGCUGCAUAGCAGAAUUAGGAGAACUGGGCCUUGUCCAGUUUAGAGAUCUUAAUGAAAAUGUGAAUGCCUUCCAAAGAAAAUAUGUGAAUGAAGUAAGAAGAUGUGAAACAAUGGAAAGAAUUAUCAAUUUCUUGGAAAGGGAAAUACAAGGGGACCAGAUAUUUAUGGCAGACUGUGAGCAAAAUGUACCCCAGGCACCUCUUCCAAGGGAAAUUAUUGACAUUGAGUCUGCUCUUGAGAAACUGGAAAAUGAAUUAGUUGAGGUCAAUCAAAACCAGCAGACCCUGAAAACAAACUUUGUGGAACUUAAUGAACUGAAGCAUUUACUCAAGAAAACACAGGAGUUUUUUGAGAAAGAAGUAAGUGUCCCAGAAGACAUGUUUAAUGAAGACACCACUGCUUUGCUUGAACUACGCAGUACUCCUGCAGCUGUAGCUGCUGGCAAACUUGGUUUUGUGGCAGGAGUAAUAAACAGAGAAAGGAUGGUCACUUUUGAGCGUUUGUUAUGGAGAGCAUGUAGAGGAAAUGUGUACAUAAAGCAGAGUGACUUGGAUGCUGAGGACCCUGUUUCUAAUCAAGGAGCGAAGAAGAAUGCCUUCAUCAUAUUCUUUCAAGGAGAACAACUUAAGAAUAAAAUUCUAAAGAUAUGUGAUGGAUUUCAUGCUUCAGUUUAUCCUUGUCCAGAGAAUGCAAAUGAAAGGCGUGAGAUGCUCAGUGGACUAAAUACACGUAUAGAAGAUUUGAACCUGGUUUUGAACCAAACUGAUUCUCAUCGGAAAAGGAUGCUCCAAGAUGUUGCAGGCAGCCUGAGCAAAUGGUCGAUUAAAGUACAGAAAAUGAAGGCAGUCUAUCAUACCCUUAAUAUGUGCAAUAUCGAUGUGACUCAGCAAUGCCUGAUUGCUGAGACCUGGUGCCCUGUGUCAAAUAUGGACCAAAUCAAAAAGGCUCUUAGUCAAGGCACAGAACGUGCAGGUUCCCCUGUUGCCCCAAUUGUGACUAUUGUGAACACAAAGAUGUCUCCCCCUACCUUUAACAGAACUAAUAAAUUUACAGUUGGGUUUCAGAAUAUUGUUGAUGCAUAUGGUGUUGGAACAUAUAGAGAAAUGAAUCCAACACCAUAUACUAUUAUUACCUUCCCAUUUCUGUUUGCUGUGAUGUUUGGAGAUUGUGGACAUGGAUUUGUCAUGCUUGGCUUUGCUCUGUGGAUGGUUAUCAAUGAAAAAUCUCUUAUGAAGAACAAGGGAAGCAAUGAGAUAUGGGAUACCUUCUUUGGAGGACGCUAUAUAAUUCUUUCAAUGAGUAUUUUCUCCAUAUAUACAGGCUUUAUCUAUAAUGAUUGUUUCUCGAAGGCCUUAAACAUCUUUGGUUCCUCAUGGCAUGUCAAACCAAUGUUUUUGAAUGGUACCUGGAAUUUUUAUGCAGUAGAAAACAAUGCCCUUCUGCAGCUUGAUCCUGCAGUCCCAGGAGUAUUUUCUGGAAACCCUUAUCCAUUUGGAAUAGACCCAAUAUGGAACAUUGCCUCUAAUAAGCUGACAUUCCUCAACUCCUACAAAAUGAAAAUGUCAGUUAUUCUUGGAAUUAUCCAGAUGGUGUUUGGUGUUAUAGUAGGCCUUUGCAACCAUGUAUAUUUUAGAAGGCCUCUCAACAUAAUUUUGCAAUUCAUUCCGGAGAUGAUUUUCAUUUGCUGUUUGUUUGGAUACCUGGUUUUCAUGAUCAUCUACAAGUGGUGUCAAUAUAAUGUUCUGACUUCCCAGGGUGCCCCUAGUAUCCUAAUUCACUUCAUUAACAUGUUCCUCUUCAACUACAGUGACACCACCAAUGCCCCUUUGUACAUACAUCAGCAACAGGUCCAGUCUUUCCUGGUGAUCUUUGCCUUGAUUGCAGUUCCCUGGAUGUUGCUCAUCAAACCAUUUAUCUUGCGGCACAAUCACAUAAAAUCACAACAAAUGCUUCAGAGAAGACAAGCUACCAGCGGAACAGAAGAAAUUGAAGUAGAUGAUCUCCAUACAAACCACUCUAGCAGCUCAAAUCAUGGAGAUGACCAUGAAGGAGAGUUUGACUUUGGUGACAUUUUUGUGCACCAGUGCAUUCAUACAAUUGAAUACUGCCUGGGCUGCAUCUCCAACACAGCAUCUUACCUUCGACUGUGGGCCCUUAGCUUGGCACAUGCACAAUUAUCUGAAGUUUUGUGGACAAUGGUGAUGGAUGCAGGCUUGAACACUUCCAGUUGGGGUGGUCUUAUAGGAGUGUUCAUCAUCUUUGCUGCUUUUGCUGUUUUAACAAUUGCUAUUCUUCUAAUCAUGGAAGGGCUGUCUGCCUUUCUCCAUGCUCUGCGUUUGCACUGGGUGGAGUUUCAAAACAAGUUCUACAGUGGCACAGGUUACAAAUUCUCUCCCUUCAGCUUUGAAUCAAUAUUAUCAGGAGAAACUGAAUAAUAAAUAUGUGCCAUAAAAAUGUGCUACUAUAUUUAAAAGUAUCUUUUAGUUGCACUGGAGUAAUAAGACAAUUUUAUUACCUAUUGAAACUGUGUUAUGUGUCAUACAUCUUGCCUGUAGAAGGGGCCUGAGUUGCCUCGAAAGCUUGCAUACUGUAAUCUUUUUAGUUAGCCAAUAAAAGGUGUCAUUUUGCUUGACUUCUCAUUACAUCCAUAAUGGCUAACACGAUACAACACCCUAGUAAAUUGUAAAUGUGAAAAAAAUUACUACAUUUAAAGUUAUUGUCAUAAGUACAUGAUACAGCUGAACCAGUAAAUUUGUAUGAAUAUUAAAUAAAAUAUUGGGUAUUUAUGAGUUGCAUAUUUUAACUAAGAAAUAAAG